CCAAGGUUACCUACCUACCUACCUACCUACCCACCUAUUCCGUACUACUUUCUCUCUCUCUCUCUCUCUCUCUCCAAACACCCAACCAUGACGACGACUACCACGGCGGCACAGAAACGGCGGCGGCUGGUAGGCGUGUCAACCAAGAUGUACUUUUCGGCACAGCGGACGAGGCAGUACGUGGGCGAGGUGUUGGGGCAGCUCGCAGCGGCGGGCGGGGCGGACGGGGCGGACGGGGCGGACGGGGUGGACAUCUUCAUCAUCCCCGACGUCAUCACGCUGGCGUCGGUGGUUGGGCAGGUGCGGUCGAGCGGCGUGCCGGUGCUGGUGGGGGCGCAGGAUGCAUUCUGGGAGGACGCAGGGUCGUACACGGGGUCGGUGUCGCCGGCGGUGCUGGCCGAGGUGGGCUGCCGCAUGGUCGAGGUGGGCCACGCGGAGCGGCGGCGGCUGUUUGGCGAGACGGACGCAGACACGGCCAGCAAGGCGGCGGCGGCGGCGAGGAACGGGCUCACGCCGCUGGUGUGCGUGGGCGAGGCCAGCCGGGGCGCCGUGAGCAUGGCGGCCGGCCAGUGCGCGUCGCAGGUGCAGCGCGUCAUGGCAGCCGUGCCCGCCGCGGCAGAGGUCAUCCUGGCCUACGAGCCCGUGUGGGCCAUCGGCGCCGCAGAGCCCGCCGCCCCCGAGCACGUCGCCGCCGUCGUGGCCGCCCUGAGGGAGCUGCCGUGCGUGGCCGACCGUGACGGCCCCGUCCGCAUCAUCUACGGCGGCUCCGCCGGCCCGGGCCUGUUCCAACAGCUCAAGCACUCGGUCGACGGCCUGUUCCUCGGCCGCUUCGCCCACGACCCGGACGCCUUCGUCAAGACCAUCCACGAGGUCGCCGCUGCAUGAGCCACGUAGACUGUUGGUGAGGGAGAGAGGGAGUGUGUGCACCACGCGCGCCGCGCCCGGUGACGACACCCCUGCACGCCAGCCGAGGGGCAGGGGGGCAGGGGGGCAGCAUCCAAU